AUGGUGGAAGGCAAAUGGGAAUUGAUAGGCCAGAUGAAUCGGCGCAAGAGCAAUCUUUCUUCAACUGUGGUAAACGAUGAUAUCUACAUUCUUGGGGGUUGGUCUGACGAACCGGAAGCCGGGAUUCUGGACUUGGUGGAACGAUUUGAUACAACCACACGAGAAUGUCACAUUGUGCGUCCACUAACAUUCCCAGCCAGUGCAACCUGUGCGUGUACUUUGAAAGAUAGAAACCUGGUGAAAAAGUACAUUCGACCACUACCAAUCGGAUAUGUGCAGAAUACUGGUGAGUUUGAUGACUAA